AUGGACAAAGACAAGAAGAUGCUUGUGUUAUUUGUGCUUCUGGCAGGUGUUUGCAGCCUUGUGUCUUGUGGAGUGUGGAAGGCCAGUGUAGUACAACGUAUGGAAGCCCUGGUAUCCUCUUGUGCUGUGGUGCCAUGUUCAUUCAGCCAUCCUGGAGGAGAGCUGCCUUCUUCCAGACUCAGAGGCAUCUGGCAUCGUAGUGCAGAUAAAAAGCAAAUCAUCUACCACGAAGAUGCAUCAAAGAUCUUGGACAGCUUUAAGGAACGAACAAAGCUUUUGGGAAGACUGGGUCAGAACAACUGCACCCUAGAAAUAACGCAAGUUAAAGAUCACGACAACGGCCCUUUCUGUUUCCGGAUUGAACUGGUUAAAACAGACGACAACAAUCCCACUACAGACAUGUUCUCCUUUGUUGAGUCUUGUGUUGGUUUCUCGAUGCUUCAUGAGCCUCCAAAACCUAAACUGGGAUCGUCUAAGAUGGCCAAAACUGGAAAAGCUUACACAGUCCCGUGUUCAGUUCGCCACACGUGUUCCUCACACAUGCCUAAACUGACGUGGAAUAAGGGAACCAGAGACGAGAUCACUGAGAUUCAUAAAGAACUGAGUUUAGGGGUCUGGGAGACAGAGUCCAUCUUAACGUUUUUUCCUCAGGAUUCGGAUGAUGGCACUGAGCUGACCUGCACAGCAGCGUUUCAUGGAGGGGUGCAAUCCCAAACAAGUUUAACACUCAACGUCAAACAAACUCUAAACCAUAACCACAUCAUCAUUCCUGUUGUGGUGGCGGUGGGUACUGCUCUGGUUUUUGGAGGCCUCUGCAUUUUUAUGAUGAAGAAAUACAAGACACGCAUUGCCGAGCUUCAAAACCAGGAUGGCAGCAUGUGGAACCGGAUGUCCAGAAUGUCUCGCAGGCUUCGCUCUGGGGGAAGGACCACAGCUGGGGGACCAUCUCAAUCUGAGCAAAGGAGGCCUCCACGGGACAAUAGGGACACAGGUUAUUGUAAAAAUAAUGCACAUGGUGAACAAAAACUCAAUAAACCUCGUUUACCAUCCCCAAAAAGCCAGCAGAAGUCCUACGAUUACAACAAGGAUAACGAUGACGAUGACUACAUGAACACGGCAGAUCUUAGCAUCUACGGAAAUGUGUGAAAAAUUCAGUUUUUAAUCAAUAAGACAUGCAGCCUUUUUAUUAAUGAUCAUCACUUAUUAUCAGCUAGCUAGAGAUUUCUUUACAAUUAAAUGUUUGAUUCAUUGCACAGGGUCAUAGCUUUCAGCUUGGUCCUUUAUCUUAUUUUUCCAUCUUGUCAGCACUCCAGAAAUACGGUAGAUCAGCAAUAGAUAACUUAUUAUUUAUAGGUUUUUAAAAUAUUAGAGAUUUUA